CGCGCUGGAGACUGACUGCUCACCACACCUUGUUACGCCUCUAAACAAGUUCGUGACCGAGUUAUUUCUUGAUUUCUCAGAAAUGGACUGACUCCAGUGCGGUGCGGUGUGGGCCAGUCCAGAUAUGGAGGCCAAACCGUCGGAGCCUCGUAGGACGGACGAGCAGCCGCUGAAAACCAGCGAUGUGUACAAGGUGGACGGAAAGCUCCCCCCGCGAUUCGACAACCCGCAGUGCUUUCAAGGCUACAGCAAAACGCACGUCCAUCCUCUCUAUCAGACAACAAACGAGACUUAUGGAAGUAAGAAGCCAACAAUCCACGAGAUGCCCACAAUCUUUAAAGGCAGAAAUCGGAAGUUUUCCGAGCACAGCCUCAAACGUGGGAUGUACAGAGAUAACGGCUUCAACACUGCUUUAGACAAAACUAAAGUCACAGGACCCAAUGCCACAGCCCCGUUUCAGGACAGAACACUUUAUCAUCAGGUGUACAAUUAUCUAUCUAAGCAGGGAAACAAAGAAGUAUAACUGCAAAACAACA